AUGGAAGCUGCGAUCCGAUGGUCGCCGCACUCCACCCAGUCCAAUCCCCGGUUCUUGAUAAUCGAUGUCGCGGGGAAUCGACUACGCCUUUGCCAAAUCGAUGGUCUGUCCAAAAAGAAGGUCAACUACAGACAGAUAUGCAUCCGCGAUAAGCUGCCCAACUACACGGCCUUUGACUGGUCCAAGAAGGAUGCCAGUGUCGUUGGAAUCGGUUCAGCGACUGGUGAGGCUGUACUAGUGACACUGGACCCUGAAAGACCCGAUCACGACCUCAUCCAUGCAUUCCCCAUCCGGCAUCAGCGGAAGUGCAAUUCAAUCGCAUUCAGCAACAAGAAUCUCCUGGCCACUGGGCUCGACAGGGUCAGAAAUGAUGUUUGCUUAAACAUCUAUGAUCUGAAUGAUUCAAGAAUCACCAGCAAAGAUGAGCCGUACAAGAAAUUGGCAAGCUCAGAGGCUAUCUAUAGCAUCAAGUUCUUCACUGGACAGCCGGAUACACUCAUUGCUGGUGUUUCAAGGCAGUACGUGCGUAUCUAUGAUCUUAGAGACUCGACGACCACUGGCAUCGCCCAAUUUCAGACACGCCAAGUGCACAAUAUCGCCAUAGAUCCCAUGGAUGAGAACUACUUCCUCUCUGCCGGCACCACAGGCGAUCCAACUGUGACUGUCUGGGAUCAGCGAUUCGUUAAGCAGCGCAGCACCUCCAACGACGCUGCGAACUCCGGUGCGGUUCUGGAGUUCAAGCCAGUCGUUGACAACAGCCAGGCAGCGAGUAUUUGGAGCCUGCGCUACUCUGGUACCAAGAGAGGAACUUUUGGUGUACUUGCGAACACGGGAGAGUUCAAGAUAAUUGAGCUAGCACAGCACACACAUCGGCUAGAUCCGACAUCAAAGACCUCGUCUGGGCCAGGAUGGUCUUCACCACACUAUACCAAAGCCACACACCAUUUCCGAUAUCCACUACACGACAAGGCCCAUCCUCAGGAUCCCAAAGACCGUGUUGUUGCGUAUGAUUUCAUGACAGCUGGAAACAUAAUGAGCGGACAAUGCGCUCUCGCUCUGCUCCCCAACCGCGAGGUAGAGGUGCUUAAAGUGCCCCCUCCAGCGCCAAAGAUCAACGUCAGUGCUCUCGAAGAGAUUUACAAAGACAGAUAUUGCAUUGCAAAACCCAGCCUGCCGCACGGCACGGUGGCCAACGACCUCAUCGAAGUCCAAAACCUCGCGUUGAGCACCAAAUUUGGCAUUGAUUAUGACAUGGGAAACAGUCUGUCAGAGAGCAUGACCAGGUUCAGUCUAAGCAACAGCCAGCGAAGUCUCCCUCUGCUGUCAGCAACGCAUCCAAGUCACGAAAUGCACGAAGACCUCCUGAACCUAGGAUAUCCUGACGUCAAGAUUCCCUUAGACGACUACCUUGCUGUACUGCAUGCAGCGAAGCGUCGAGCUCAGGAAGGCUACUCCCUGGAUUGCGACAAGAACAAGCAGAUCUUGAGCAACGAUCCUUGGCUAGUCGAUGCUUGGACGCUGGUCGAUCGUAUGGACGCCCAUGCGGUAGGCGACGGCAUGGUAGGGAACGGAUUGGACCUGAAAUAUCUCGGUGUCACUGCUAUAUGGGCCAACGAGCUCACCAUGUACGACGAUCGUCUCAUCGAUCCCGACGCAAAGACAAGCCAAGAAAUGUUCAGCGAUGCCGUCAAAGAGAUUGUCGACGUCAUGGAGCUUCCACCCUUCGAAGGCGUCAAGACAGAAUACCCAGAGAACAGACAGCUAUGUCUGAGCCUCUGCGGCUGGCCACUCUCCAACACCGCCGCCCAGCACUCCUGCGAACAACUCGUCGACUCGGGCAGCAUCUACAAAGCCAUCGUCCUCGCCGUCUUCCAAGGCCACAAAGACAUCGCCCUCUCCCUCCUCCGCUCCACCCUCCAACAAAAGAAACUCCCCCAGGACGACAUCGGCCUCGCCGCCGUCAUCGCCUGCGCCUCCCCUACAUCCUCCAUCUCCCCCGAACAACGCUCCACAUGCGCCUGGAUGGCCGACAUGACCACCGACCCGUAUCUCAAAUCCCUCCUCACAUACUUCAUCUCCGCCUCCUGGGACACUGUCGUCUCCAUGCCCCAACUCGCCCUCUCCGACCGCGUCGCCAUCGCCCUCAAAUACCUGCCCGACACCUCUCUCACAUCCUUCCUCAACUCCCUCACAUCAUCCACCAUAUCCUCCGGCUCCAUCUCCGGCCUGCUCCUCACUGGCCUAACAACCCGCGCCCUCGACCUGCUGACCGUAUAUAUUUCCCAGCACCCCUCCGGCAUCCAAGACGCCGUCCUCCUCCUCUCGCGCGCCUGUCCCUUGUACAUCCAAGACGCCCGCUUCCCCCUCUGGCGCGACAUCUACCUGUCACACAUGCAGACCUGGCGCGCCUUCCUGCAGCGCACACGAUAUGUGAAAGAACACAACCGCGCAACCGUCACGCGCGAGGGCCGCAGCACAAACAAACCAAACCAGCCCAGCCUCACCCUGCGCUGUCUGAAUUGCCAGCAGAACCUCGCGCUGCGCAAGGACCCUGCGCAAAACUCCAAGCCCAGACUCGUCCCUACGUCCACGUCGUCGGCCAGACCCGCGGCUAGGCCCAAACACGCAUCGAGUAGUCCCGCCCUCGCGUGUCCGAAUUGCGGGACGCAGAUGCCCAGGUGUGGGAUCUGCAUGUUGUGGCUGGGAAGUCCGGACGCGAGCAAAGUAGGGGCUGCGGCGAGUCUGGCGGGGGAGGAUUUGGAGGCGCGGUUGAUGGUGUUUUGCAUGGGGUGUAGUCAUGGGUUUCAUGGGCAUCAUGCGCGGGAUUGGUUUGCGCGGCAUGCCAUGUGUCCGGUGCCGGACUGCGGGUGUAUGUGUGGGUUGUUGAAAUGA